AUGGCCGACACGAAGACUACCCUCGAUACCCCACCCGCAUACAUCAAGGCCACGGAGCACCUGAGCCGACCACGUGCGCCUUCCGCUGCCGCUGGUGGUCCCGGCCCGCGGACGCCGCUACCACUCAAUCUCCCUAUCAUCUCUUACCUCAAGUCUAAGCGCGUGGUCCUCGCCUCUGCCUCGCCGCGGCGGCGCGCCCUCCUUGCGCAGGUCGGCCUGACGAACCUUGAAAUUACCCCCUCGACAAAACCCGAGAACCUCGACAAGUCGGCAUACGGACCUUACGAGUAUGUCUCCGAGACGGCGCGGCAAAAGUGCCUCGACGUGUACGAGACGGCUCUGCAGACGCACCUUGCCUCGAUCCCGGACCCCGACGUCGUUAUCGCCGCCGACACUGUCAUCGUAACCCGCGACGGUCGCGUGCUGGAGAAGCCGCGUAGCGAGGCCGAGCACAUCAAAAUGCUGCGCCACCUAAGGGAUACCCGCGUGCACCGCGUGCUGACAUCCGUGUGCGUGAUCGCGCCGAGAGAGGACGCGCGGUCGCCGGGCUACGAGAUUGGGAACCAUACUGAAGAGACCAAAGUGUACUUUGUGCAGGAGAACGAUGGACUGCCGGACGAUGUCAUUGAGGCAUACGUCAAGACGAGAGAGGGCGCUGACAAGGCGGGCGGAUACGCGGUGCAGGGCAUCGGUGGGAUGUUGCUCGUUGAAAAGAUUGAGGGCAACUUUGACAACGUGGUCGGCUUGCCCGUGAGACAGACGCUGUCGCUCACAGAGAAGGUGGUUUUCAAACAAAAUGGAGAGGAAGUGGGCGAAGAAGACGUUGAAGAGGAUUUGAUGUGA